UUUUUUGCUUUUAUUUUUAUCAACUGUUUUAAUUGAUGUUCUCACAGCAGCCAUGAAUUCUCGCGCAUUGCUACGCAUUUCCUUCUCUUACAACUCUGUUGUCUCUCGCACCCUGCUGCUAUCCUUGGCAAAGGCGGCGCCCAGACCGGUGGUGUUGGCGGCAGGUCACGCAAAAGCUGCUGCUUUUGUGCUGGGCCAAAACAAAACCAGAUGCGGGCCCGUUGAGAUGACACUGGACCUGGACAAGAUGGCAGAGCAGAUGCAGCUCAGUAUAGACCGCUUUGCCACCGAGCUGCAGGCUGUGAGGGCGGGUCGUGCUAGCCCAGCCAUGCUCGACCAUGUCAAAGUCCUCCUAAAAGGCGGCUCGGCGGUUCUCUCCGAUUUGGCCAUGAUUGCAGUCAAGGACGCCCAUAACCUCAUCGUCAUCCCCAACAACGAGGAUGAGCAGAAGGCCAUAGACACAUCAAUUCGUAGCGCCGGGCUCGGGCUGAACCCGCGCAUCGAGAAGAAUGCUGUCAUUGUCCCGGUUCCUAAGCCGACCAAGGAGUCGCGCGAGAGGCUACUCAAGGGCUUGGGCGCUACAGCCGAGCACACCCGUGUCCAUGUGCGCAAGCACCGCCAGGAUGCGAUGAAGCGGCUCAAGAGCGACUCCAAGAACAGCAUGCCCAAGGAUGAGAUCAAGGUCUGGGAGAAGGACAUCCAGGCAGCAACGGACAAGUACAUCGGCAAGAUUGAGGAGCUGCUCAAGGCUAAGACACGCGAGAUUGAGCGCACCUGAUCUGU